AGUAGAGGCUAGAGCCAUGGGGGGUUAGGUUAGAGUUGUCUGCAAGAUUAGAAUUUCGCGAUUACCUAUUUUGAUUUUUACAAUCAAAACAGUGUCCGUAGUUCGUGGAGUAUCUGUGGAAACCAGUGCAGUGUUCCGUGAAUCAAUAACAGCUGUGGAUCGUGUGCAGGUGUGAUGACCUAUAUUCGCAAGUGUAGUCAAUGGAUUUUAUUACACCCUUGUGAGUAAUGAGGGAUGAGUUUUAUUUCGAUUUAUUUAAUAGUGUGAAGGCUUUUAGAAAUACCUUAUAAAUUAAAAUAUUCGUAACAAAUUGAUUAUCAGCAUUUUGGUCGCUUACACUAAACAAAUAAUAAAUAGGGUAAACAUUAAUGAAAAUUUUGUUUUAAUUUAACAAUUUUUAAUUAAACAACGUUUAUGAGCAAUGUGAACUUAGCUUUUAACUCUUAUUAGUUAAAACGAGUGUUUACAAAGUGUUGACAACCGAAGUGUCACUGUGUUAGGAAAUCAAAACAUUAAACUUGUGUAUUUUUUAUUAUGUGUCUGUGCCUGAAGGAUCAAAUAAGUGUACCGUUUGGAACCAGGUGCUUGACCCAAAACAAAAAGCUGUUCCAACAUCUCACCAAACCGGAAAACCUGGGACUUACGUUUACAGUGAUGUGAGAUCCGAGCUUGGGUCAUGGGAGCCAACAUGGGCAAGAACUCCUCCUUCCUGGACUCUCUGCCCUCGACCCAGGCCACUCUCCACGUGGUCAUGUUGGGACUGGACAGCGCUGGCAAGACCACCGCACUCUACCGGCUCAAGUUCGACCAGUACCUCAACACAGUGCCCACCAUAGGCUUCAACUGCGAGAAGGUCAAAGGAACUCUGGGAAGAGCGAAGGGCAUCAACUUCCUCGUCUGGGACGUCGGAGGGCAAGAGAAACUACGACCGCUCUGGAAGUCGUACACCAGAUGCACCGACGGUAUAGUGUUUGUGCUGGACUCUGUUGACGUGGAGAGAAUGGAAGAGGCCAAGAUGGAACUAGUGAGGACCGCUAGGUCUCCGGAAAACACGGGAGUUCCUAUCCUGAUCCUGGCGAACAAGCAGGACCUUCCGGGAGCCAGGGAACCCAAGGAGCUCGAGAAACUUCUAGGACUCCACGAACUGGGCGGGUGUACCCACUCGUGGCAUAUCCAACCUGCCUGUGCCAUCACGGGGGAUGGUCUUCACGAAGGGAUGGAGGCCUUGUACGAGAUGAUUCUGAAGAGGAGGAAACUCGCGAAACAGUGCAAGAAAAAGACUAGAUAAAACAACACUAGUAGCCUGUACAGUCUUCUCCGUCUGUUCUUGUUUUGUUGUAGAUGUUGCUGUUCUGGCAAAGUGUCUGUUGAGGAAGCACAAUGAAGAGUCUUUGCAAACUUGACAAAUAAUUAUUAGGGACAAGUAGCUCUUUACCUGAUUGAAUGGCUUCUCUCAUUUUAACGCUCAUCCCCGUUGUUAUAGUUUGUGUUAUCAAAAAUUACAUAUAAUUUAAAAUUUUCAAGCAACUGUAUCCUUUAUUGAACAGAGAAAAACAAUUGUUGGCUACAAAAAGUUGACAGAUAUCAAUAUAAAAAGAAUCUGUCUUAGAUUAUUUCAAUUGGAAUUCGUUAAAAUAUAUAUUUUAAACAUUCACACUAAUCACACUUUUCUUUAAUUUAAAACUCCUCUGGGGGAAAGCAAUGUUUUAAGUGUAAUUUCCAACGAAGAGCAUAAAAGUGUUAAAAACCCUCUUAAUUUUCAAACUGUUUUCAACACUUGAAUGGCCAAUUUAUAAAACAGUCCCGUCGAAAACGAGGUCAUAGCAAAACUUGUCGGCUAAUGCAUUGCCACUGUGGUUGGUCGGUUGGUGGUUCACUCGACCUACUUUGGUAGCCAAAUAAUUUAUCGAACUACUUACACUCAAAACUGUAGUUAACCCAUUUAUUUCAGUGAAUAGGACACUUUGCUUCAACAGUUUUAACCCGUAACCGUUGUACAUAAGAUAUUUCUAUUUAUGUAAAUACCCUUUAGACUGUGUAAAACCCACCUAUCUGCGACCAAUUAUGUACGCUAGACGUAUUCAAGCGGGUAAAUAAAUUCUGACGGCGCAAUUUUAAUUUUAAUCGAAAUAAAAUAGUCCAUUAUAUUAAUUUGUGCCUUAUCGUAAUCUUUGGAAGUGACAUUCUUUUGUAAGUGAUAUAGGAAAAUAAAUUCAGAAUUUCGUAGACUGUAGUAAACACUAAUAUCUAUAAUGUUAAAGCACAAAAUAUGUAAGGUUAACCGUCAAUAUUUAAGUUUGAAACAAUUUGAAGUAAUGAUGAAUUUGGAAUUUUUCAGUUUUCAUAAUUUAUUCACCCAACUUUUCUGAGAUUUGCAUUCAAUUCAUUCUGGUUCUGCUCUACGAUUCCCUCAGAGCACUAGAGAUCGAGAUACGUCACGAUUGGAGAUAAACCUGUUUUUGUUCUGGGGUUUGAUUAGUAAACCGGAAAUGAAAUUCGUUGAACCGGAAGUGAAUUUUGGUUCCGGUGGGCAAAGAGAACGGAGAGCGAAUCAAUAUAGGGUCACGAGUUGAGUUCGUGCGAAACGUCUGCUUACGUCAUAAAAUUGCAUAACUAAAAAUUACCACGGUGACCUUUAAAGUUUGAUUAUUGAGUCUUUUGUUUCCAUCUUUGAGUGGCGGAUUUUGCAAUCUUUUAUUGUUUAUACAUCUUUCUACAGAAUUACCUACAUUGCAAAUAUUUAAUAUAUGAAUUCUGAAACUAUAUGGACGAGAUUGAAUGCCGGUUACUGUAUAUUGAUUUUAACAUUAAAAUAAUGUUUUUACAUUCGAAAUAUUAUAACAUAUGUGGAUAUUACAUUUUAUUGAAAACCCGAGAUAUGUGAGUAAAACUGCGGGAGUGUCCAAACAGUUAUAUAGUGCUCAUCUUCAAAUUAGAAAUUGCUGGUUUGAUCCAGCAAGUCAGAAUCUGGACCUAGAUGUAAUUUUUCAUUGGGCUAUCAAUAAAUGAUGAUAUCAGACUUUUUUACUUCUUAAGUUAAAAAAAAAAACAAUUUUAAAAAUCUGAAUGCAUCAUCAUCAAUUCAAAUUGUUUCUAUUAAUACUCAGUAGGCCUAACUAACCAGCCAUUUCGCAGUUACGAUUUCACACCUGUAUUCGUAUUAGAAAAAAUGCCAGAACAAUAAAUAGAUAAGAUUUCCCAGUAAUAUUCCACAAUAGAAUCUUUCAGCAUAAGCUAGUCACAGUAAACUCUACUCAUAUAUUUUCUUAUAUGCUCAUUAAUUUAAACAACGUAGGAAAUUGUUUAAACUGCAUUUCAUGAAAUGGGUUGUGUUAGUUUGAUAUAUGUGUCAAAUUUAUUAAAACUCUGUUUUUUGGCCUACACUUGACAUUUUUUCAACUAAUGUUAUUUUAAACUUGCUAAAUCAGUUAACCCUUCACAUGAAUGUACUGUAUAAUCUGCUAUAUUUUUAACCUUUUUCCCUGCGGUUAUAUUUUGUGCAAAAAUCAAAAUUAGUCAUAUCUAUUUUUAUAUAAAACGGCAUAUUUUAAUCGUUUAUGCUUGACUGAAAAUGUUUGUUGUUUUCCGAGUUUGUUUCUAUAUUGAAUGUUUUCCGUGUCGGUGUUAUGCUUUGUUUGUUAUACUAGUCAUGAGAAUUGUUAUUGUAUAUUUUGUUGUAAAUAUGAUUUACCAUUAGUUUUGCUCAGUACCGCUUAACCUCGAGUCCGUGACGGGCGGUUUAUGUUUAGAUGUAGAUUUUGUAAUUAAUAUGCUUAAAAUUAUCAUGUUUAUAAAAUAAAGUAUAUAUUUAAUCGUAA